AUGAUGAUCACGAAGUACUUGAUCUCGAUGCUGGAACAACUGCAUGUGAUGACAGCUUUCCUGUAUGGCGAAAUGAAGAGAACAGUGUUUUGCGCGGUCCCAAAGGGUGCCGAAGUCGAUGAAGACUUUGACUUCUCUGAACUGAUGAAAGCGAUCUACGGACUGAAACAAGCAUCGCGGGUAUGGAGCGAUACUUUCCAUGACUUUGUUUGCUCGAUUGGAUUUCAAGCGUCCGACUUCGACCCAUGCCUCGAUCUCAAGGUCGAAAGCGGACAGUGCGUGCAGUUGUUGGUCUACGUCGAUAAUGUGUUGGCAAUGGGUAGUUCGACUGAGAUGAUUGUGAUUACCAAGGGUGACUUGAAGAUGCGUUCCGAGAUCACUGACAGCGGCAAGCGCGCGUUCGUAUUGGGCAUCGAGCUGUGUACAACAUCGGCGGUAGUGUGA